AUGCUAGUCCCCGUCUGCUUAGUAUCAAUAGUAUCUGCCCUUUUGCAAGUGGCCAAUGCUGAAGUACAGGCAUAUGAUAAGAUUGACUUUUCGAAUGUUGGAUUUGCAGGUACUUUUACGCCCGUCAAGAAAUUCUCUAAGAUUGACAGCGAUGAUUGCUCGUGUGAAGUUGCAGAUAAACAAUGGUUCUCUGGUACCAAUGCCCCUGUGUCCGAUUACCUAUCAGUUCAUUUCCGUGGUCCUCUAAAAUUAAACCAAUUUGCGUUUUACGAUUCUCCUUCAUUUGUGAUAAGUGACUCCGAUUCCUCGAGCGAUUGGACCCGUCGUGCUUACUACAAUUCUACUAGUCAGACCGGUGAGAACGUUACAUUUUUGACAGGAGCAGGUGAUGACUCUAAGUGUCUCGGCAAAGCAUUGACCUAUGCGGAUUCCGAUGGUACUUCGAAAGCUUCCUCGGCCACUCUAUUAAAAGACGAUAAUGAAAUCACAUCAGACCAGGAAUUUGUGAUCUUCUCAAACGUAUCAUGUCCCAAAUCGGGUCUAAAUAAGGACUGUGGUGUUUACCGUAGUGGCAUUCCAGCUUAUUAUGGGUUCGGUGGUGUAACAAAGAUGUUCCUCUUCGAUUUCGAAAUGCCAAGGGAGUCGCAAGCGAACAGUUCUUCUUUCAGCUACUACGAUAUGCCCGCUAUCUGGCUUCUAAAUGACCACAUUCCAAGAACUUCCCAAUACCCAACAAAUGCAAACUGCUCCUGCUGGGCUAGCGGAUGUGGUGAAUUCGACAUCUUUGAGGUCAUGAACGGUACAGAACGCGAUCACUUUUACUCUACUUUCCACACUUUCCAGGGUAUUGAGAUCCUGGGAACAGGUAUCCAAUCCUACGGUUACAUUCCAAGAGACACCGAAAGUUCCAUGAAAGGUGGUGUGAUCUUCGAUUCUGCUGGUAACGUUGUUACAUUCCUAUCUAACUCUACGACGUUUGACUCCUCACUCACGCACAGCGACAUCGACACUAUCUUCUCCAAGAUUUCCACCGACGAGACAUACUCCAGCGCUCUGAUGACGAUCUCGGCCACAGCCCCAUCGACAUCGGCCAAAUCCUCAGGAUUCUCAAUCUCAACUAAGACCAACGGACUGUGGUACUAUCUUUUCACCCUAUUCACAGCUCUGACACAAGUCUUUAUGAUCUGA